AAACACAGAGAUAUACAACAUAGGAAUAUACAUCUAAUAAAUAAUCUAAAUGUACUUUAUUCAAAACUAAUUUGUGGAAACAACUUUGAAACGUCCCAGUGACAGAGGACAGAUGUCACUGUGUGAUGGAAAAAAAAUGUGCCGAGUCCCGAGGAGGAAAGAAGGAGGAAAGAAGGAGGAGGAAGGGGAGGAGGGAGGAAGAAAAAAGAGAAGAACUUGCUGGCGCCGCCUGGCCGAUUCACAGCGGAUCUCUGCGACUUGUCGCGUCUAAGUGGCUGUUUACCGAGAGGCUGGCACGGCUCACCUCUCCGCACAGGGACCUGCCUCCAGGCGCGGGAUCAGUCCUCCAUCUCCUUCACUCCUUCCUCUUAUCCUCCCGCCGUCUUCCUCCUCUGCGGAUCGCAGCCGGUGGCAGAUCGGACGCGCGCUGAAUGGCUGCUGGUGCCCUCAGCGAGCCGGCGUGAAUCCGUGAAUCCUCUCAUCCUCAUCACCAUCACCAUCACCAUCACCAGCAGCAGCAGCAGCAGCAUUGUCCUCCUCUUCCUUUUGAGACCGAGAAAACAAAACAUCCACAACAAACAACAAUGACAGACCCAGCCUGCCAGGAGUCCUACCCCGUCCCGGACCCGACUAUCGUGGAUCCCCGGCCGGCGCGGAACGGCCAGUGCGCUCCAGAUGGGUUCACCAGGAACCACCAGCAGCCCUCCAGAUCCCCCAGCCAGCCCGAGACCUUCACCUCCGGCCAUGAGAUGAAAAUCACAGACAGCGUGGAGGGAGAAGGUCUCCUCGAGAGCAGCAUGCGCCUGAAGCCGCACGAGGCCCAGAGCUACAGGAAGAAGGUCCUCUGGGUUUCCUGGUUCUCCAUCGUGGUCACGCUCAUACUGGCGGUGGCAGCCUUCACUGUAUCCUUCAUGAGACACAGCUCGUCGUCCUUUGGAUUUGGCUUUGAUGCCACCCUGGACGUCCUGUCGUCUUUCAUUGUCCUCUGGCGCUACAGCAACGCAGCAGCUGUGCACUCUGCUCACAGAGAGUACAUGGCAUGUGUGGUCCUCGGGGUCGUGUUCGUUCUCUCCUCCAUGUGCAUCGUUGGAAAGGCCAUCCAUGACCUGACCACCAGGGUGCCCCCAGAAGUGGACGACUUCCUCUACAGCGUUGCUAUAGUGAGCGGGCUCACGUGUGCCGUGCUGGCGGUGGCCAAGUUCAUGCUGGGGAGGGUGCUGACCAGCCGGGCACUCAUCACCGACGGGUUUAACUCUCUGGUCGGUUCCAUCAUGGGAUUUUCCAUUCUGAUCAGCGCCGAAGUCUUCAAGCACCACACUGACGUCUGGUACCUGGAUGGCACCAUGGGAGUUCUCAUUGGACUCAUCAUUUUGGCCUAUGGGAUCAAACUCCUGAAGGACAUGGUGCCCCGCGUGAGACAGACCAGGAACUACGAGCGCUUUGAGUGAGACGGCCUCCUGACCUCCUGACCUCCUCCUGCCCCCAUCCUGCCCUCCUGCAUCUUUCACACACGCUUUGAUAAUCAUCUCACCUCCACAUACAGGAGCCCAACACCCAUGUUCUCAUGCGAAAAGAUAGACACACAUGAUGCGCACGGUACUACUCACACACUCGGACACGACACACUUGGACGCACAAUCACAGGCGUCGGAGAGACUUAGAGGGGACGAGUGAAGCGUCCUGGAGACAAAACACUGGAAGAUAUUUUUAUUUAUUUUGUGCUCUCCUUUCCCCUUUUUUUUCAACCCGCCACUUUCCAUAAAAAAGAUCUAGAAUGAGGAGAAUGCGAGAGAGCUUAGUCUCCUGUUUUCAUCCAACGUUGUUGGGUUAAAAUGAAGAUAUAAUAGUUGCUGUCACAGUUUUUCAUCCUGCAGGAGACUGACCUUUGUCAAUUUGACCUUUACGGGUCCAGCUAUUGUCAAGGAAAAAAGCAUCAAAAGAGGAUUUUACUGAAAUGAGGCAUCCACAAAAUGUCCCAUGGGAUUUUCUUGAGAAAAAGCAUUAUAAGCUCUAGAUUUCUUUGUCUGAAUUAAGAAUAUAUAGUCUGAGAUGAGCGGAGUGCUACUCACUAAUUACAUUCAAUAAGAUUGUAUUGUAUUUGCAGUUGCUUCCCUAAACCAGAGCAAACGUUCAAACGUUACCAGCCUACAAAAAAGGAAAUUGAACUGGGUCAGAGCUAAAAAGUUUAAGCUGUGACAUCGGCCUUCAUCUAGAAAGCAAACAGCAGUAAAGGGAAGAGGACAAACAUUAUAAAGCUACAGUGGCAUAUACACACAGCGCGGCCCUGUGCUCUGUGGGCAAUGCUGUGAAGCACAAAUGAUUCAGCACAUUGGUUCUUAAAAACUAUUCCGUGUGUUAUGUCUUAAUUACUGUGUCUGUGCUUUGGGUUGGUUCACAUGCAAUAAUAGCUGAUCCAGUGAUUUACUGAAUCCACACAGCAGGAACAAUUCAUAUUAUAUAUUAUAAAAUCCAAGUUUUUAAGGGUGAGAAGGAAAAACAUUACAUUAGCUACAUUUUUAGUUUUCACACUUGGUCAUGUGCAGAUGAUGAAAUUAUGUAAAAGUGCGUAACUCUGCAGGAAAGUCCCUGAUAUUAUUUGUUAUAGCCACAAUAUUUAUCAUUUUUUCUGUAGAAUUUUGUACUGAAUCCAGUUUUGAUAUUUACUACUUUGUUGUAAGUGAUUCCUUAAUGUUUUCUUCUUUUUGCCCUUGUGUUGACUGCAAAGUUCCUCUGGAAAGUUGGAUGAAAGUUUAGAACCUUUGAAACAAAGCACAACAACCAUCAUCAACCAACAUCAUUUACAGAUAUAUGUAUAUUUUUCAAUCUGCUUUCCUGCUUAUGCCUCAUUUGGUUUGCAUGUUAGAAUUUGUUACAUCAAUAUGUGCAACGACAUGAAUGUAAAUACAGACCACACCGUUUUAAAGAAUGUCUAUUACACUGUUCAGUGCAUCAGUAGCAAAACGUCACCAUAUUGUCCUUUGCAUGGCCGACAUAAAAGGCCAUUUUAGGAGUAGGCAGCAUAUAUUUAGAGUGCAGGAUCAUCAAUGUUACAUAUGGUUGAAACAUAUUUACUAUAUAAAUGUUGCUUUACAUAUUACUGUAGAAUAUUGGUGAAAGUAUUAAGUCUUACCUUAAAUGUUUGCACUGUGAGUGAAAAUCUCAGACUGGAUGUAGGUGAGAUCUGACAGCGCUGCGCUGUCCAAGGACCGCUAUUACUUAUUAGACCAUUAGACCAAGAACUGAUCGAUCAAUUCAUUGUUUCACAUGUCGGAACCGGACAACAAGAAAUGAGUGUUAUUUCACGUGGCUUUAGUUCUCAGACCUCAUUUUUAGAGACUCUCACGCAAGAAAAUGAGCAAUUCGAUUAAUACAGUUUUAUGGAAAUGCAUUAGAAUAAACUAAAUUCCCUUGAAUAAUAAAUUGGCAACAAAGACAAAAAUAGGUUCAGCAUUUGAUGCUACCGAUGAUAAAAAAUACUUUUUCACCACUCCCUGCAUGUGUGGAUCCAGAGUGCUGGCGCCCCCUUGUGGCAGACGCCCAUGUGACAGGAAAUGUUAUUAGUAUUCCGUGCACUGGAUCCAAGGGAGACAGACUGAAGGGAGGGAGGGAAGUAGCGAAGCCCUGUACCGUGAUCCCAGACGUGCCUACAUCCACUCUACACUGUAAUUAUCAUCUCUCACUUGACAUUGUGGACGAGGUGCAAACAAUUGAUUGUCAUGGCUCGUUUCGGUGUGUGAACAAUAUAUCAAUCGCGGGCGUGAAUCAGCUCGCGACUCACCAACAGCACGUUGAUUUGUAAUGUUAGCGCUCGGAUGCAUACAGGACAAUCCCCACAAUGGCUUCUCCCAGCACAGCACAGUGUUUACAUGCCGACACCCACCACAGCAGGCACGGAACAAACUCACUUAGUAACAGUGGGCUCUCCUCACAUGACGUCAUGGCAACAAGUCCUUUCUACCUCUCUUCUUUGCACUUAUUUUCAUACGAGGUGUUUGUUGUGCACGUUCAUGCUACAUUCAGUUUUGGCCAGGUGCUGUGAUCAAGGCCCCCGGCCCCCUCGCACACCUUAGUAGUGGGUGAUCCUUGAAGCUGCUGGGUCAGUGUACAAUCUCAAUAUGCCCCCCCCACACCACAAAAAACGAACCUGCCCGUUCUGAUGUCAUGUCCAGGGUGUCACAGUUGUUUUUCACUGCCAAAUGAAACACUCAAAGCGUCACAAUGACAUCACAUCGUUUGAGAAUCACUGAUCCAAUGAAAUAACUCCGAAACAUACAAUUCUGCAGCUUGAUGAUUGUUGGCAAACUGUUGAAAGCAUCCGUCCUCUCUUCUGACACGUCUGUUUCAUUCAGGCCAACCCUUGUGUGGAUGGGUAGACGUAUUAUUAUUAUUAUUAUUGCUUCAUUUGACUGUUAAUUAGACGUGAUUUGACUAACUACGAUACCAAUGCUACCAAUCUGUUGUUAUACUACUUUGCAUGAGCGUGUAAAAACUCUCACAGCUUCAGUGCAUUGCAGACACACACACACACACACACACAAGUAUACAAAACAUUAUGUGUAAGAUGUAAUCAAAUUUCCAUUGAACCUGACUGUAUACGACAGAAUAUAUUAUUUGUCUGUUAGUACAGUAAUGACCUCCGUGGUAACAGAUGAUGUAGAAACGGUUUAUUAUAUGUAAAGGAACGAUGAGGUUUCUCUUUGUCAAACAAGCAAUGUUUUAUUGACGAAAUAAAGUUUUAUCCUGCUCAAUACUGAAA